UGACGUCCGCCCGCGCCCGGGCUCAACAUGGCGGCGCUCAGCGGCGUCUGGCAGCGGCUGCUGCGGCCUGUGGCGGGGGGCGCCCGCGCCGCUCGCCCCCUGCUCGCCCCGGCCGGAGCGCGGGGGACGGCGGACAGCGCGGAGGAGGCCGCGCCCGCCCCGGCGCCGCAGCCGGCACCCCGCAACACCGACACCAGCUCCGCGCCCCCCGUGCCGGGACAGGAGAGUCACCUGAGGUGGAACGGAAAAAAAUACGAGGACAUCCCCAUAAUCUACAUCCUCGCCGCCUACAACAACACGCACAUCUGCAUCACCGAUGCUAAAAACAAGCGACUUGUUCAAACUACUUGUGGCACUGAAGGGUUCAAAAAUGCCAAGAAGAAGACUCCUAUUGCAGCACAUACUGUAGGCAUUUCAGCAGCAGCGAAAGCCUGCACAAAGGGUCUGUCCCACGUGAGAGUGGUAGUGAAAGGCCUGGGACCUGGGCGUUGGGCGGCCAUCCAGGGGUUGACCAUGGGGGGGUUGGAGAUCAUCUCCAUCACGGACAACACCCCGAUUCCACACAAUGGCUGCCGUCCCCGGAAGGCACGAAGAAUCUGAGACAGGAAUGGAAGAGAGGCACUGAGCAGUGAUGGCUGGUGCAACGUGAACUGGUUCAAGGGUCUGCUUUUACAUCACAUCUUUGAAAGAUGUUUUCCCUGAAAGACAAGUAGAAUGGACAUGGACCAGAGCAUUAGCCUGACAUUGGAAGCAAGAAUGUAUUUUACCUGCCUAGUGGGAAACCUUUUGUCUGUAAAAUUGGUAAAUUAAAAUGUUUGUUUUUCUGA